AUGUCCGGAUCCACCGCCGCCGCGACGAACCCAGCCGCCUCCUCGCCCGCGCGAGCCAACGCCGAUGAUGCCCCCUCCGGCGACGGCUUGGGCGCCGCCGCGAAGGCCAAGCUCAAGGGCCUGCUCGCCGCCGCGUUCGGCAGCUCGGUGACCACCGUGAGGAUCGACGUUCAGGCGCCGAGGCUGACCCGCGAGCGCAGGCAGAGGAAAGCCUACGGGGGCUGGGGGGACGCCCCGGCGAGAGCCGCCGACGGCGACGACGGUUUCACGCGCGGCGGCAUCACCUCGCACAACUUCAGCGUCGAACAGACCAGGCUGCAGGUGAAGCAGAAGUGGGAGACCGGUUUGUUCGAGCAACAGCAGACGGGCGGCGGGACGGUCAUCAAAUCCCGGCUGGACCUCGGCGCCGGGCUCGACGUCGGCCUCUUACGAGCAGAAGUCGUCCCGGAUUUACGCGUCCGAUGCAGACUGGGCAACGGGGACAACGCGCCGAGCGUCUACCUCCGCGCGCUGCCCGAGCGCGAGAUCGUCGCCCGCGGAAGGAUCCCUCUCGCGAACACCGGCGUCUUCCUAGCCCUGCGACUGGAAGUCCCGCUCCGGUUCAUCACGGAGGGCGGCGGAAGUAACCCCUUCACGCCAAAACCGGUAAUCGCCGCGCAACUAUGCAGGCCAUCCGGAACUGGCCCGCACCUGUCCACGGGGGGUCUGGAGUUUGACGAGACGCUGCUGACGAUCGGGCGGGACUGCGCGCUUCGCGUGGCGGCCAACCUGGACUUUCCGCGCGAGUACCCGCCAUCGACACGAGGGGGCGGACCGAGGCUGGACGUGAGAAACUUGGGCGUCAAGUUUCGCAAGCGGUGGUACGAGGAGCGAGACCGGCGAAAGGCGGAGGAGAACGGUCGGGGAAAGGGUCGAUGA